UCAUCAUCUCCAGCUUCCCUUUUUCACCUUCUAUUUACCUCCUUUCUACUCUUACCCGAGAAAUCUCAGCCCAUCUUGCGACAACUCUUUAAUGCCAGGAGAUUGGCCUCUUUUUACUGCCGAAUCUUGCGGCUCCGCUUUGCCUUUCCCUUGAAUCUUCCUCCGGAGGCUUGAAGUUCGUAGGACUGAAUUGAUAAAUUGAGAAGAUUCCUAGAUCAUGGAAAUUGCCCCAGCUGACUGCCCCUUUCCAGGCUGUUUAUUCUGUGUUAUGAAAGAAGACAAUCCGACAAAACGAAGGGCAGGCAUUAUCAAAUUCUUCAAAGAUCUUCCCCUACAAGAUGAGGAUGGGCAAGUUCUACCUAUCAGUGGGCUUUGGAACACUGCCAUGGCACAUCCAAAUGAUCCUGAGUUCAUUGAGCUGGGAAUAUUUGAAUGCAUGGCUGCAUUGAUUUGGAAGGGUUUGAAGAAUCGGCGCUGGCUUUCUCGUGACCAGAACAUAUACAUACCUUACUAUGCUGCUCAUAUUAUUGGAUCUUACACAAUGAACUUGGAAGAGUUUGCUGUUAGUGCUGUGAAUGCUUUAGUUAUUCCUCCCUUAGUUGAACUCUUGAGAGGAAGGCUAACAUGGGUGGAACAAAGAGUAGCAGUUAGAGCUCUGGGGCACUUGGCUACCUAUGCCAGUACUUUUCCGGCUGUUUCAAACCAUGAGGAGGUUCUUGAGCUUGCCAUACAGCUUGCUUUGAGCUCUUUGGAGAUUGUUUACUCUCAUUUUUACAAGUCAGUGGACAGGAGGCCGCGAUAUCACUGCGAUCUUCUAACCCGUGGCAUGGGGGGUACUGAGAUGGAAUCAAGGAAGGCAGAGGAAUGGGCGAGCCAGUUGCAAUGCUGGUCACUUCAGCUAAUUAACUGCUUUGCAUUUAAGCCUGAGUUUCUCCCAGACAUUUGCAAGCCAGAAUUUGUAAUGAAACUACCAGGGAUGUGGGGUGGACUUGUGAAUGAGAAUUCACCUGCAGGUAUUGGAUUGUUGAGAACUAUCUGUCAUCAUAAGCUUGGUAGAGGAACUGUUGCGAACUGUCCUGGCAUUUUGGAGGCACUACGCAACAUUGCUCGCUCUUCAGAUGAUUGGCAAUAUAUGGCAAUUGAAUGUCUCAUUUGGUUACUUAAGGAUCCAUCAACUUGUCAUAAGGUGAUAGAUAUAGCAGCACCAGCUCUUAUAGAUCUUGCUGAAAUUUCCAAGCUUGGUGAUCACCUAAGGCUUGGCGACUCCAUUGUUGAACUCCUUCAAGAAAGUUUGCAGACCUGUCAUUCCAUAAGCAACCAUGUAAAAGAACAAAUCCAAGAGCUUGUGAUCUCCAGGCAGAGAUUAAAAUGGGAGAAGAACAUGUCCAAGGAGGAUCUUCACAUAAAACAGGCAGCUGCACUUGUUGUCAAGCUGGAAGGGAAUUCUCUAUUUUCUUCAGGAAAGAUUGCUGAAGCUGCCUCUAAGUACUCAGAAGCGUUGGCCUUGUGCCCAAUGAGAUCCAAAAAGGAGAGAGUUGUACUCUAUAGCAACCGCGCACAAUGCCAUCUUCUCCUACAGCAGCCCAUGGCAGCCAUUAGUGAUACUACACGAGCUUUAUGCCUCCACAAACCAUUUAAUGGCCACGCCAAAAGCUUGUGGAGAAGAGCUCAAGCACAUGAUAUGCUUGGUCUAGGCAAAGAGAGCUUGUUGGAUGCCAUUCUCUUCAUCAACGAGUGCUCCCAGUCCAAAGAUACUGAGCUAUCGCUGAGACAGAAUAGAGUUCCAGAUUAUGCCACCAAGUUAUUGAAGAAGCAAAUGAGAUUUACAUGGCUAUUUCGAGAAGCCGCCAUGAAACAUGGUGCUGUAUAUUCUGAGUAUUAUAAUGGCGAUGCACAAAAUUUUAGGCAAUGA